AUGCAUCAAAUCCUUGAAUUUCUAGAUUCAUUGCAUUUUCAAUAUUCUUCACUUAACAGUACCCAUUUUCGCCUGCUAUCUCUCAGAUCAGUGAGGAAGAUCGUCAAUUUAGACGAUCACAUAGCCUUAGCAUGUGCUGGCCUGAAAGCAGACGCACGUGUUUUAAUAAACAGGGCUCGUAUUGAAUGCCAGAGCCAUAAGCUCACAAUCGAAGACCCUGUCACUGUGGAAUACAUAACUCGAUACAUUGCUGGUCUUCAGCAGAAGUACACGCAGAGUGGUGGUGUGAGACCUUUUGGCCUCUCAACUUUGAUCAUUGGUUUUGAUCCCCACACGGGCACUCCAUCGCUUUACCAGACGGACCCAUCGGGCACAUUCUCCGCGUGGAAAGCCAAUGCUACUGGAAGAAACUCAAACUCUAUACGAGAGUUUCUCGAAAAGAAUUACAAGGAGACAUCUGGCCAAGAAACUGUCAAGUUAGCUAUUCGCGCUUUGCUGGAGGUUGUGGAGAGUGGAGGAAAGAACAUUGAAGUUGCCGUGAUGACUAAAGAGCACGGUUUGCAGCAGCUUGAAGAAGCUGAGAUCGACACCAUUGUUGCAGACAUUGAAGCUGAGAAAGCUGCUGCUGAGGCUGCAAAGAAGGCCCCUUCGACAAGGGAAGCUUAA